AGCCGCGCGCACGAGGCUUGCGAGGUCAUACGCUGCAGUCAGAACUUCGUGAAAAGGAAACAGCUGAGACAGUUCGAGUCGUACGAAGGAACGUUACGCGAGUGUUGCACCAGUUUGCGUCAGCGCGAAGUUCAGUGAGAGCGGAGAAAAGAAACCGCGUGAAGCGAGUGAUUCAAGUGACCGGCGAAAGGGCAGCUGCAAAGUCGGUCGAUACAGCGUUGAAAAUUCAUCCUACGGGAAUUCCCACGUUCAGUGAAGUGUGCAAGAGAGGCGCAUUCAGGAUUAAUCCGCCGAACGAGGAAGCAGACAUACUGACCGAUAUGACUCGUUGCCAGAAGCCACAAUCCUACCACGAACAGACCACGAUGGCCGACAGUGGGAAAACGUCGUGGUGCGAGGAGUCUCGCUGCUACGGAAGCACCGUCACGUGCGGCAUGCUGCCGACCCUCCGCGAGCUGGCCUCCAGAGGAUGCAACAGCCGGGGUACCGUUUGCCUGGUGCCCGUCGACGUCGAGAUGGACGCGGCCAGUCACCUUCAGAUGACACUGCUCGAGGCUUACUGCCGGGAGAUCGGGAUCGAGGUGCUGAGCGUGUCCAAGGAGACGAUACGGCUGCACCUGUGCCCAGGAAGCACGGAUCUGUCGUGCGUCCUGAUAAGCAACAACAAAAAUUCAUUUUUUCCAAAGCUGCCGAAGUGAAACUCGAAGACACAUCCUUGAGAGCUGAAACUAACCGGACCGGAUUACACGCGGUCCUUCACAAGCCGAAGCCCACUUUGCCGAGGUCCCUGCGUCGGGGGGAGGUUCUCCACGCGAAGGAUGAGGAAGAGUCUUGACUCUGCAAGCAAUGUGUCCUGUGUGUCUCACUCUAGCGAGGCUGCUGAUAAUGGACAUUUCAUAUCGAAAAUAUAUGUAUAAGCGAGAUAUAUUCCAUCGAUCUCGCUAAAUUGUCUGUAAAUGUUAGCUGUUUAAAAACACUUUUUGUAACUUUCUUUCGAUUCUUCUCGUAUAAGUACAUAUACGUAUUUUUACUUGAAUGCAGAAAGUGUGAAACGGCAGCUGAGAAGAACAGAGAUCUGUUAUCUGUUAAAGCAAAGAUUAUGAUCGAACGAGAGGUGUCUCUCUCUCGGAAAAUCAUUUACUCGAUGAUUGUAGAAUAUGAAAUAUUAAUUAGCGUAUGUAACAUGUAUAUCUAUCAAUUGUAUACGUUUGCCGUGAGAUAAAGAUAAUCUUAUGUUAUAUAUGCUUUGUAAACAUCAACAGUUGAAAUGUAUCGAAGAACGAUGUAAAUGUAUAAUAUAAUAUUGAUAAUCUAUUAAAUGAUGUAAGAACACACA